AACAAACAUAGUAGUUAAACUCAAACAUAAACCGCUAAAACCCUUCCACCUCAUCCUCGAAGUACAAACCACCAUCACACUCAUCUUUCUUCUCCCUUCAGUAACCCGCCAUUUCUUUCUCGAACUCUCCUCUCUCCUCCCUCCUCCCUCCUCCCUCCUCCUGUCCUCCAUCACCCACUUUUUUCUCUCUCCUCUUCUUCAAUGGCGUCCUUCACUUCAUCUUCUUCUCCUUCUAAUCUCUUUCUGCCUCCAUAUCCAUCUCCACUCCUCCAUUCCACGUUUCGAAACCCGGAGUUUCGUCUAUGGAAGAAACGCCGAUUGAAACGUAAACAAAAAUUCUUAUCUCUUUUCAACAAUCUUCAACCACCAUCAUCAGCACCAUCAGAUUCACCUUUUGCUUUUCUCUCCAUUCUUCCUCUUGAUUGGGUUCCAUCUGCUGCGUUAGGGUUCACUUCGGCACUCACUCUCACUUUUCUCAAUCGUAAAUCUCAUGCUCCUCAAUUGAAUUCGAAUUCUAGAGUUUCCGAUAUUGGUGAAUGGAUUCUUUUCUCCAGCCCUACUCCGUUCAAUCGGUUUGUGUUGUUACGAUGUCCAUCGAUUUCGUUCGAGUAUUUGGAGGAUGUGAGUGAGAGAUUGACGACAGAGGAGAAACAUUAUGUCAGAUUGGAUAGUGGAAGAAUUCAAUUAAGAAACGGUGAUGAGGAUGAGGUGAAGGAGAGAGAAUACGAGUUGUUUGAAUAUCAGAGAGUGUGUGUAGGCACUGAUGAUGGUGGGGUUAUUUCUUUGGAUUGGCCAUCCAAUUUGGAUUUGAGUGAAGAGCGUGGGUUGGAUACUACUGUGUUAUUGGUUCCAGGGACGGCUGAGGGUAGUAUGGAUGAGGAUAUUAGGUCUUUUGUGAGGGAUUGUUUGCGGCGAGGAUUGUUUCCUAUUGUAAUGAAUCCCAGAGGAUGUGCUGGUUCACCAUUGACCACUGCUAGGUUAUUCACAGCUGCUGAUAGUGAUGACAUUUGCUCAGCUAUACAAUUCAUCACUAGUGCAAGACCAUGGUCUACAUUGACGGCAGUUGGCUGGGGUUAUGGUGCAAACAUGUUGACAAAAUACCUUGCAGAAGCUGGGGAGAAGACUCCUCUUACAGCUGCUACAUGCAUUGACAACCCAUUUGACUUAGAUGAGGCUACCAGGACAUCUCCUUACUGCACCACCAUUGAUGAUAAGCUUACUGGAGGCUUGAUAGAUAUCUUAAAGUCUAACAAGGAACUUUUUCAAGGCAGAAGGAAAGGCUUUGAUGUCGAAAAGGCUUUGGGUGCUGAGUCUGUUCGUGAUUUUGAAAAGGUAAUAUCGACAGUUUCAUAUGGAUUUGAUACAGUAGAAGAAUUCUACACCAAUUCCAGCACAAGAUUAUUGGUGGGGAAUCUGAAGAUUCCAGUACUGUUCGUGCAGAAUGACAAUGGGACGGUGCCACUUUUCUCCAUUCCUCGUGGAUCGAUUGCUGAAAAUCCCUUUACCAGUUUACUUCUGUGUUCAUGCUUACCAUCAAAUGUUACUGCAAGCUCGUGGUAUCAACAAGUGGCUAUUGAGUGGCUCGCAGCAGUGGAGCUUGGUCUUCUGAAAGGUCGUCACCCCCUUCUACAAGAUAUCGAUGUUACUAUCAACCCUUCAAAGGGUUUAGCUCUUGUCGAGGGAAGGACAUCUGAAACAAAUGACAGGCUUGAUGAAGUCUUGAAUAUAGCAAAUUUAAAUGAUUCAGAUACUUAUAUGGAUCCCAUGAAGGAGUUUCUUACAGAGAAUGAUCCUGUGGCUAGUAUUCAAUUGAAAUUCAGUCAGAAUUUAACUAGGAAUGGAACGCUUACUGAUCAAAUUUCAAGUGGAUCAAACGGUGCUUUCCCACGUGACCGCUUGAAAAAUGGAGAUUCCUCUGAAGACACAGAACAUGAUUUAGAAGAGACUGAUCAAGGUCAAGUGCUUCAGACAGCGCAGGUUGUUAUGAAUAUGCUUGAUGUGACUAUGCCUGGGACCUUGAAAGAAGAAGAGAAGAAGAAGGUUCUAUCUGCUAUUGGUCAAGGUGAAACCCUCAUUAAGGCAUUAGAGGAUGCUGUCCCAGAGGAUGUCCGUGGAAAACUUACUACUUCUGUUUCUGAAAUUCUACAAGCGCAAGGGAAGAAUUUGAACUUUGACUCACUAUUGAGCAUUAAACAUAAAGCUAAAACUUCAGCUGGUUUAAAAUCAAAGAAUGAUAAUACAAGCAUGUAUUCUACGUCCAAUGCAAAUAAUGAUCACCUUUCAGAUAACAUAGUUGCAAGUGAUGCUAAAACAGACAGCAGUGAUAAUAGUCCACGUGAUGUGGAAAAAUUUGAUGGAGAAGUUACUAGGGCUCAGCCAGAAAAAACACCAGUUAGAUCUGAUAUCUCUGACUCUAAAGAAUUAGAGAGCCAAGAUGAUCAUAAAAAUUUGCCAAAAGGUUUGAGUGAAACAUUGAAUAAUGAUGAAAACCUUGAUGCUGAUGCUUCAAGAAAGGUGGGCCAGAUUUCUGAAUCUGUUGAGGAUUCCAAAGUAAAUUCGUCUAGCCAUAUUAGUGGCGGCACCCAUUCUGAAGCAGGUGUUAUGCAGAGUGAUAGAUCUUUAAAUGACGAUACCGGCCAGAAAGAAAGUAAUAUCUCUGGGGAUGUUGGAGAGCCCAAAGAUUUGACAAGCGUGCAAAAUAACACAAGCUCAGCCGCUGAGAGUAGACCUGCUGAUACAAAUGAAGCAGCACCAGCAUCCGUCUCCGAAAAUCAAUUGUCGGAGAAAGCAGAUGAUGAUAGUAAAACCAAGAGUGAAAAUUUGCAAACUCAGCCAGAUCAGACUACAGUUCCUGAUUACAAAAGCCCCACGUUCAGUGUCUCCCAAGCUUUAGAUGCUUUGACAGGGUUGGAUGAUUCAACUCAGGUGGCUGUCAAUAGCGUGUUCGGUGUCCUUGAAGAUAUGAUUGCUCAUCUGGAAGAGAAAAAUAAUGACAGUUUAGUCAACAAAGAAUCUGAGGAAAAGAAUCCAAUUAGCAGCUCAGUUAAUGGAAAGGAUGGCCGUAGUGGUGAACUUCAGCUAGAAAAACGAACAGAAGGAGAAAAUACAGAAGACACAAUUCCUUUGGUUAUGAAACGUGUUAAUGAACAUGAUAGAAACAAGAGUAUGAAAAAUAGUCCAACUGCAGCUUCCGGCAGGGAAGACAAUAUCAGGGACCUCAAUUUGGUCAUCAAGAAUUCGUCAGCGGCAGCUUGUAGCAAACCGAAUAACUUUAAUAAAUAUUCUUUUCACAUAACAUCAGAUCCAUAUCUGAAUGUGUUAUACAUAGAAUUUUUACGAAAAUAUGUUCUUUCAGAGAUGCGAAAAGUGAAAUGUAUGGACAGGGAUUCAACUGUUGCUCCGUUUCUUGACAAUGUUCCAGAAGAUGGGCACUGGGUUCUGAUAAAACAACCUGACGGUAUGCAUGUUGCUGUGUUUGAUAAUCACAAGAAAAAAAAAAAGGAUCCCAAGCUACUUCCGAAAGAAAUUGUUGUGGAUAGUGUUAUUGAGCCAUCAUAUGUCAUUUUAAACAAUGAGGGGCAAGAGAAACCAGCAGAAGAGUUGUCAAAAAAAUGUCCUGACCAACUUGUGAACCAUGAUAUUAAUUUGGAUAGUUUAAAACUCUAUGUUAAGACCACACUUCUUAAUUCUCUGGAAGUUGAAGUUAGUCGUAGGCUUAAUGCAACAGACAUGGAAGAUAUGGAAGCUGUGCUUGCAGCCGAAAUGAAAGGAGUAGCAGAUGCUGUAUAUUUGGCAAUUCAAGAUGACGUAGAGCAUAAUAGGAAACUCUUGCUCUCUGGAUUGGAUCCUGAUUUCCAAAAGUGGAGUAGGCUUAAUGGAAAUCGGAUUUUAGAAGUGAUUUCCAUGGCAGUUCAAAAUACCAGCUACUUGAAAAAAGUUUUGCCCACUGGUGUCAUUGUUGGUUCGACUUUAGCUGCUUUGAGAAAAUGCGCCGAUUUGGUUUCCGCAUAUUGGAAUAAUGCUGCUGAAAAAUUGAACACGGAUCAAAAUUAUACUAAAGUGUUGAACCAUGAGGAUCAACUUCCACCAAAGGUCAUUGAGCUCCUUGAUGGAAAAGAACAAGAUCUUUCUUUAGAAACGAAUUUAAGGAAUGAUGCUGGAAUUUCAAACAGGGACACUCUCGUGGUUGGUGCUGUUACAGCUGCACUUGGAGCAUCUGCUUUACUAUCAAGUCAGCAGGAGGGUUUCAUGGAUAUUGACAAUUGUCAAACGUCGGUAGAGAAACAUAUAAAGAGUGAAUCUGUAAAGUCAGAUGAGAUAGAAGAUAAUAAAAACCAGAGCAAUAUAGUAACAAGUCUUGCUGAGAAGGCAAUGUCUGUUGCUGCUCCAGUGGUUCCUACCAAGGAAGAUGGAGCUGUUGAUCACGAAAGGCUCGUAGCAAUGCUGGCAGAAUUGAGCCAGAGAGGUGGCAUGCUAAGACUAGUUGGAAAAUUAGCUUUACUUUGGGGUGGUCUUCGUGGUGCUAUGAGUUUGACAGACCGGCUAAUCUCAUUUUUACGAAUUGCUGACCGGCCUUUGUUGCACAGGGUACUUGGAUUUUCAUGCAUGGUAUUAGUUUUGUGGUCCCCAGUGUUGGUGCCUCUUUUGCCUACACUUCUUCACAGUAUGGCAACACAUACCUCCUCUAGGAUUGCUGAGCUAGCCUGUGUUGUUGGCCUUUAUGCUGCUGUCACAAUACUCAUCAUGCAGUGGGGGAAACGGAUACGAGGUUAUGAAUAUCCAUUGAAAGAGUAUGGACUAGAUUUUACAUCAUCGAGAAAGGUGCAACAUUUCAUGAUCGGGUUGGCUGGGGGAGUGAUGCUGGUUGUGUCUAUACAUUAUGUGAAUUGGUUACUUGGUUUUGUGAACUUUUCCUUUCCACCAAGUUUUGGUUCAUCUUCUGCAAGUAUUCUUGCCAAAAUCAAAGCUCAUGGCCAGCUGUGCCUUUUGGCUGGUCAAGGACUUUUAAUGGCAGCUGGUGUUGCUUUUGUUGAAGAACUACUCUUUCGAUCAUGGUUUUUAGAAGAAAUUGCAGCUGACCUUGGUUAUCAUCCUGGAAUACUUUUAUCUGGGCUUGCAUUUGCAAUAUCACAAAGGUCUUGGCAGGCUGUUCCAGGGCUUUGGUUAUUAUCCAUGUGUCUUGCUGGGGCUAGAAUGAGAAGAGAAGGCAGCCUUUUUGUUCCCAUUGGAUUGCGCACUGGGCUUUUGGCUUCCAGUUUUAUAUUACAAACAGGAGGUUUUGUGGUAUACUUGCCCAAGUUUCCAUGGUGGGUCGUUGGUACACAUCCUUUCCAGCCAUUUAGUGGUGUAGUGGGUUUUUUCUUGGUUUUAUUAUUAGCCGUGGCCUUGUAUCCAAGGCAGCCUGGCCUAAGGGAGAGAAUGCGCAGUAUUCGGGCAUGAGGGACUUCUUACUUGGAGAGCCUGUGAACUGUGAUUAUGAAAGAUUUGGAGCUAUGAUACUUCUGUUGCCCACCUGAUGUUAUCAUAUAUUGCUUGAAUGGGUGAGGGUUUAUAUUUGUAAUUUACAUACAAAUGGUGACAUUAUGGGGAUGGAGGUGAAUUGCCUAGAACGAAUGCGGAAAGUAAACCACUACGGGCAUGCUUGGAUUGAGGGUAAAUAUUUAAGGGGAAAUAAAGUCAAACUAAUGAAAUGAAACCAAAUAAAGAUGCAUUUGAAGUAGUUGAGAUAGUUGGGAAGAAGGUAAAAUGAAUAUAAAAUAAAAAUAAUGAAGGAAAAAAAAGAUGAUUUCCCCUAUUAUGGAGGUAAUACAUUCCUCAACCCUCCCCUAGGAUAAAUAUUUACCCCACAAAAUUGAGAGCUCCCUUUAUUUUUCAUUAUUUGGCAACCAUUUUUUCAUCUCUAAAGCAAUCAAAUUUCACUGAUUUCUCAUUCACCAACUUCGUUUUCUUACUUUGACUUUUUUUUACCCAAUUAAAUAUUUACACUCAAUUCAAGCAUGCCCUAAAAGUUAAAACGUGAAGGGUUGUGACAUGUUAUACACACAAUAAACAGGUAAAAAUGUAAUUGUAUAUAGAAAUUUUUGUAGAAGAGAAUGUGAGGUCGGCAAAGCAAAGGUGCUGGAUAUCAAGUGUAAGUUGAAACAUUUUGAACUUGUAUAUAAAAAAACAGCUACACUUUCUUUCA